AUGUCGGCCCAGCCUGCGUCCAAGAAGUUCGGCUCGUCGACCCGUUCGGUCCCUCACGCCUCCCAGAAGGCCCAGAAGUGGUAUCCCACCUCUGACGAGCCCCAGAAGAAGCAGCCCGGUACCGUCCUCAUCCUCCUCGCUGGUCGUUUCAGGGGCAAGCGCGUCGUUCUUCUCAAGGCCCUCGACCAGGGUGUCCUCCUCGUCACCGGCCCCUUCAAGAUCAACGGUGUCCCCCUCCGAAGAGUCAACGCCCGCUACGUCAUUUCGACAUCCUACAAGGUCGAUGUUUCCGGCGUAGAUGCUAAGAAGAUCGAGGAGAUCUCCCAACCGAAGUACUUCGUCGGUGAGAAGGAGAAGGAGAAGUCUGGCGAGGAUGCUUUCUUCAAGCAAGGCGAGAAGCCCGUGAAGAAGGAGGUUAGCAAGAACCGCGUGGAGGACCAGAAGGCUAUCGACAAGGCCCUUAUCGCCAGCAUCAAGAAGGUCGAGUUCCUUCCCAGCUACCUCGCCGCUUCUUUCUCUCUGCGAAAGGGUGACAAGCCCCACGAGAUGAAGUGGUAA